AUGUCUGACCCAAUUCCCCAGUAUCCUCCGUCAAUCGACGCUUUCCCCAACUUGGACUAUCUGCAGCAGCAGCAGUUCAACCAGGACCUGGGUUUCCUCUCGUUCCAUUCUCCCUGUGACCUCGUCGCCCCGCCCCCAGAGUUCUUCGAAUUCGAUAUCGAUUCAGGUCUCGAAGGUUUCGACGAUCAGCUUCAGGUCUUUACAGUCGACCAGAGCUUCCAGAUUCCCCGUGGCUCAGUUGGGCCUCUCUCCACCAUAACAACCUCGGGUGUCUCUGAAUCGGCAGCUUCAGACGACAUCUUCAGCGACGUCUCAUCCUUGUACGCCAGCCAGCUUUCGAGCGCCCAGCAGCCCCAGACCAGCGAUUUGGACAAUAUCUUCUCGCAAUUCGAGAUGGAUUUCCAACGAGUCACUGUUGGCUCCGAUUACGGCGCUCCGCAGUCUGCGAAGUGUCACCUUUUGCAAGACGAUGGUGAUCCCACGUCUUUCGGGCGGCUGCCCCCCACCCCUCCCCGCAGCCCUCCGGCUGCUGAGAAACGCUUCCCCAUCCGUUCCAGCUUCUCCGACUACGGUCCUCCCCGCCGCAGCUCAAUCGCAGCUCCAGACUAUUUCAAUGGCAUCGAUUUUGGCCCUCUUCCUCAGGGAACGGUCUCCCCGAUCCACCUCAACGCGCAAUUACCACAAGCAGCUUCGCCGACGAUGCCCAUCGAUGAAGGGGAGCAACGUGAUCCCCGCAGGAAGUACAAAUGCAAUGCUUGCCCGCGGUCUUUCGCCAGGGCUUACAACCUCAAGACGCACAUGGCUACCCAUGACCCUAAUAGGUUGAAGCCUCACGUCUGCCCUCACCGCUCGUGUGGUCGUUCCUUCAGCAGGAAGCACGACUUGAGCAGGCACCUCGUUAGCAUCCACAGGGAUGAGAACAAGAAGGAGAUAGGCGUUGCCAGUGGGAACCGUACCUGGUGCGACACCUGCGGCAAGGGCUCGGUCGGCCGCGCCCGAUGCGAAUGCGUCGAGCCCGUCAAGUAG